AUAUAACAAAACACAUAAUAUAACAAUAAUUUAAGAAUAUAUCGAAUAAAAAUAUAAGUUAAAAGAUUUUUAUAAGAUUCUUAAAAGAGUCAAAGGAUCCAGGCAUCUGUGAGAUCGACGAAGAUGGCAAACGUAUUGUGGUUUCUGUUAUCAACAAUUAUCGUCGCGCUGAUUGCUGACACGUGCGCGGACAUCACAAAUCUCAGCAGUACGAUCAAGUUGCUGCAGGAACAAGUGAACGCAUUGCUGAAUCAUCGGCAGGAAGAUUACAAUGCUCUGGAGAAGAGUUUGAAACGCGCGAUGGAGAAAAACACCGAACUCAUCGUCCUCAGAAACGAGAUGAAGCAACUUAGAAAGGAAGUAAACGCUCUUCGCGGCGGAAGCGGUAACGAGGCGAAAAACGAGCGAUUGCGGGUACGAUGGCUCGGAAGCGCUGUAACGGAGUUGCAGAGUGAAGUAGCCGAAGUACUCAGAACGCGAAACGCCAGCGAGGAACUCGCCGAACGUUCAAGAAUGAGGAGCGAACUGGCUCUGUUAAAGAGUGACAUCGCCGAGGUUGGUAGAAGUAUACGCGAUCUCGGUGGCAGAAUCACCAAGAUCGAAGCUAUCCUUGGUACUAUCAAACUUGACAUCGCCGCGAUCAAGGAACGCUCCAGCUUUCUAUCACGCUCUUGCGCGGAUGUCGGUAGUCAGGUAAAUUAUCUUUUUUUAACUGUUAAGUAACUGUUAAGUAAUAAG